AUGAAUGCGAAUCUUUUGUAUUUGCUUUUAGCCAUUUUGGUUACUGCCAGUAUUACCGACAUUCAUGCUUAUCGUAAAGGCCAUUUCGACAGACGUAAGUUCAAUCGAACGAAUGUAGUCUUCACGUCCAUCAUUACCACUAAACUUGCUAUUCAGAAUAAUGUUAAAUGCGUUUUAUUUCAACGAUUGGUUUCUGAUGAAAUUCACAACAAAAUAUCAGUUUGUAACAAUUUUGAGAGUCAACUACAUUUACAUUGUAAUCAUUUACACAAUCCUCUGUCUGUGAUUGAUUUAGCUGUUGAUGAAAGUGACACAAACGCAGAAAUAGAUGAAUUCCAUAACAAUGAUCCACGUGAUACAAUGGACAUUUAUUCCGAAUAUGAUAUCGAACAACUAUGUUCAUUAACGAAAAGCCUCGGGCAAUACUACGCAGGUAAUUGCAUGCGCAAUUCCAGUCAAUCCUUCGACAAUCAUCCUAAUGAAGAUGAAGUCAUCGAGAAUCUUGUUAAUGAAGAUGACGUGAAUUCAGCAUUUGGCCAGAUGUCCUUCGACAAUCAUCCUGAUGAAAAUGAAAACAUCGAGAAUCAUGACAAUGUUCCAGGUGAUACAGUGGAUAUUUCUUCCGAUGCACUCGCGAAUUCCAUUACCUCCUUUGAUCAAUAA